AUGUCUGCAUCAGCUGCCCUCACGCUGAAGACCAUUCCACGGAAGCAUCCGGUUGUCGAUAUGACCGCCAGCUCCAGGAAAUCAGCGGUCGAGCUGGCGAUGAAGGAGUCCAUGCACUCCGUAUCUUUCCUUGACGUCAAGUUCUUUGCAUUCUCGCGGAGGCAAUUCAGCGAGGAUGGGACGGUGCGUGUAGACAAGCCACAACACGUGCUUGCUAUCAGCAGCGUCCUGAGGGAGGUGGAGUAUUUCGACAAACUGCUCUCUGGUGGCUUUGCCGAAUCCAAUGGGAGGGCGUCCGUUGAUGCUGCCUUCCCUGAGGAUCAGGCACCGUAUACAGAUGAAUAUGACUACGAGUCCGACAGUGAUCUAGAAGACGACGAGCUAGAACCAGAAUUGGAGGAAAUGGCGUCGCAGUCGCGCAGAGCCGGGAAGCAGCGAGAUACCUCCAGUGGCGUACAGAGCGCAUCCUAUGGUGGACAAUGCCAGCGAAUUGUUAUUAAGGACGCAGCGUAUCAUACGUGGCGCGCCUUUGUCUUCUAUCUCUAUUUCAAGAAAGUCAACUUCCUGCCGCUGAAGUCUGAGGACCCUCAGGCCAGGGUGGCCGCAUUGACACAGGCACUAGAUGAUCCAGAGGCCAUUCCACCGUGCUCGCCGAAGUCGAUGUAUCGUUUGGCCGAGAAGGUGAUAUACCUGCUCUAUGGCUAA